CUAGAAAGGACCUAAAUUCUCUAACAGUAACACUCUCUGCGGCUUGCCGCCGCGCCGAUCUCCAAACUGUGUCAAAGUCAAAGACCCAGAUCAGAGGAUCAAGGAAAUCUACAAUACAACACUACGUCUAGUCUGCGAGCUGCCGGUGGUACUUGGUCGGCCGCGCCGCGCCCCGCGUGCAUGGGAUACGGUACCGUACCACUAGCUAGCGCUGCUGGUAACGUAAUUGGUUUUGUAAACAUGGCAGCCCACAGCCGGCCACACGACAGCCAACAUUGACUGAAGAAUUGUUGUAGGCCUACUUGAUGUCUAGUUGCUGAGAGGAUUGAUUACAGAACUAAGAAGUCCUCCAUUUGCAGAAACGAUUUCGACAUUAUUCUAGGUAAUGGUUGACCAGCACUGACCAGCCAUCAUCAUGCCACCAUCAAGAGGGGUUAAAAAACCAAAGGAGGAUAAGAGUGACCAUCGAGUCCUUGCCAAUCGCUACCGCGUAGAGAAGAAACUCGGUAGUGGGAACUUUGGGACAGCAUUUCUAGUGUUUGACAUGAAGGCAAAUCCUGAUAAAGGCGAAGAACAGUGGAAAGUAUUAAAAGAGAUUUCCUGUGGAGACUUGGCCCCUGACGAAACGGUAGAUGCCAUGCAUGAAGCCAAACUCCUCUCUAAGCUACAGCAUCCUAACAUUGUCAAAUUCUAUGAUAGCUUCCUCGACGGAGAGUUCUUCUGUAUCAUCACUGAAUACUGUGAGGGAGGCGACUUGGAUGAUAAGAUCACUGCAUGGAAGAAAGCUGGGAAGAAAUUUGAUCAGAAUGUGAUUAUGGACUGGUUUGUUCAGCUCUCUCUAGCAGUGCAGCACAUGCAUAAAAGGAGAGUGUUGCAUCGUGAUCUGAAGACCAGGAACAUCUUUCUCAAGAAGAACAUGAUCAAGAUUGGUGACUUUGGUAUCUCCAGAGUGUUGAUGGGAACGACUGACAUGGCUAGCACGUUCACUGGGACACCGUAUUACAUGAGCCCAGAGGUUCUCAAACAUGAAGGAUACAACAGCAAAUCAGACGUCUGGUCAAUAGCAUGUAUUUUGUAUGAACUGUGUGCCUUACAACAUGCCUUUGAAGGACAAUCUUUGAUGGGUGUAAUGUACAAGAUUGUAGAAGGGAAAACCCCUGAAAUUCCUAACAAAUAUGAUAAGAACAUCCAAGAAAUACUCAAUGUAAUGCUUAAUAGAGAUCCUGCCAAAAGACCAUCAGCAGCUGAAGUUACAAAAAUUGCAUUUGUUACACGACAUAUAGAGAAAAUGAAGAACAGAUUAGCAGAGUAUCGUGACCAACAGGAAGAGGAUGCUAAGAAACUCAGCCAGGACACACAGGAGCUAGCCCAGAUGUACCGGGAGAAAACCCACUAUGAGGACCUCCAGAAUGAAUCCAUGAGACAACGCCAACAAGAGGAGGAGGUAGGAGAGUAUGAAGGGGAGACAACAUACCCCCCUCCACAGCAAGGUCAGAAAGAUCCUCUCCAGGGGCUGACCCCGAAGGAGAAGAUGCUCCUGAGGAAACAACAGAAAGCUGAUCAGGAAGCGAGAAAACUGAGCUUGCAUGCAAGAAAUAAUUUACAGGAGAACCUGAUAAGAAAGGACAUACUAAGAGAAACAUUGGGUACACAAAAAAGACCAGCAUGGCAAGGAGGGAGAGGAGAGCCGAUGCCUCCAUGGGUGCGUGAUAACCCUCAGGUGUACAUGGAUCCAGCCUUCAGAGGUUCAAUGCUUCCUCAGGCUCCCAACAUCAGUGUAUACUACGAGGAUGGUACCCCGGCCUAUGCAGGGGAAGAAGGUUACUGGGAAAGAGAAGAGAUUGGCACAGUCAAGGAAGCUCCUGCAAGGACACCAUCACCCAGAUAUUCAUCCAGCGAUGACAGGCCGAUCAAACCAGCAUCAUCACCAAAUCCAUAUGCAGGAGCUGGCAAGAGCACUUUAACCCCAUCUUCAGACAACCGACCAAUCACCCCUUUGAAGAAAUCAAUCAACCUAGAUGACCCAGACAUUGCCAACGCAACCCCACCGGGUGUCCCGCAAAUCUCAAACAAGAAAGCACCUGCAAAGAAACAACCGGUCAAGAAACAGCCAGUCAGCAAGCAGAACUCCAAUCCAAAGUCGUCCAAGGCCGAGACGACGCCCUCCUCCAAAGCAGCCACUAACGGAAAGCCAAAGAGUGCCAGCCCGAAGAAGGCAACCACACCCUCCUCGCCUCAGAAGAAGGCUGCAAUGACGCGGUCUCUGCCUCCGGCGGAGGAGGAGCGGAGGACACCCACAAUUAAGAAAAUGGAGAGGAUGACAUCGAUGGAUGAGAUGAGGAAUCAGUUGCAAAUGAUAGCAGCUGAGAUUCCGGAUGAUGUGGAUGCAGCGGAGACGUUCUAUUCUCAGCAUGAGGACUUUGAAUCAGAUUCAGGGUCAGAACCAGAGGACGGCCAAGAUGAUUACUCUGCGCUGAUGGAUUGUAUGCAAGACGCACUGGAUAAAACAACCUCGGAUCAAAAUGCAACCAUUACAGAUGAUACAGUGGGCUUCUUCUCACCUUCUGUCAGAGCUAAGAAGAUUCAGAACCUCAGAACUGAAUGUGAGAAGAAGUUUGGGAAGGAAUCUUUCAAGACUGCCUAUGCUUUCUUGAAGGAAGCCAGGUUCGGUGAUAUGAAGGACACCAUGGAUGACACCAUGAUCAUGCGCAAGCUACGGGACUACGUCAAGAAUGUCAGUGAUUGUUUCCUCAUAGAUCAGCUACUAUUCUUAGAAGAGCAAGCCAAAGUUUCCUCUGCUUAUUAAAUGAUAGAAUGGUAGAUAAACCAAUAAACAUUUAAAUGUGAUCUUGCACAAGCUACGGGAUCUUGUAAAGAAUGUUGGUGACUGCUUUGUCAUGGACCAAGUUCUGUUCUGAGAGGAACAAGCCGGAGUCUUCUGUGCUUACUAAUUUUUUAGACCUGAUCGUGCAGAAGUUAGUUGAUGACGUCAAGAAUAUCGGUGAUUGUUUUCUGAUAGGACAACCUCUGUUCUCGGAGGGGCACGCUUAUGUUUUUUUUCUGUUUCUUAUUGUGAGAGAUGAACUAGUGACUAUUUUGCAUGACACCAUGAUCAGAUUAGCUUUGGUUAAUGACAAAUUUCAUAAAAUGGUCCCAGGAUAAUACAAGAUCAAUAUGUGAAGAACUUGUUGCACAUCUUAGCUUCUUGAUUGCCAUACCAUUGAGCAUUUGGAGUGUCUGUUACUUUUCGUUCAUAACUUUCAUUCCUCUUUCGUGUUAAUUUGAAUUUUCAGGGGGGGGGGUAUUACAGAUGUAUAACUAAGAAGGAGCAAAUAUUCACUUGCCAGGUUUUCAUUCAUUAGCAUUCCAUAUCUUUCUGCUCCAAUAAUAACUCAAAUUAUUUUUUAUUAUUAUUGUUCAUAUUAUUUUCUCAAUUCCUUUCCAGUGUUAUAUGAUUUCUGAUAUCUACUGUAUAGUGAUCAAUGGCGGCGCAUUCCACUGUAUUACAUUCCAUGAUCCCCCUGAUCAAUACAAACCUUUUUCUCUGAAAUAUAGCAUCAUAGAAUAGUCCUAUUAUAUUGAUAUAAGAGUUGUUUAUUCAAAUUUUAGACAUGUAGAUGGAAAAGUUCAGUUUUCUGCCAUCCAUUUCCUUGAUAUUUAAAAAACUCUCUUACCCCAAAACAAGAUCAUAUAGCUUUUCAGCAUAUGAAUAAAAUGUGCUUCAUGUGCUGUAUUCUUUCAAUUCAAUGUUAUGCCAAAGAUUUGUAAAUUAUCAGAGAAGGUGAUGUGAAUUGCAAGCAGCAUAUUCUUUCAUACAAGUGCACCGUCAUGUUUAAUUCUGUUUGGUUCUGCCACUUUUGUGUCAUGUAGACAUUCAUUUUUUGUGGAUUGGUCUUGUCUCACUCUUCUGCAGAGGAUAAACAUUAUUACGAUGCCACAAACGAAAUAGGUAGUGCCUUUUCAUCUGUGGCUUCACAAUUAACAUACAUAUGAUGUAUGUGGGCAUAUGUUGGUCCUGAAAAUUUUCAUGAUUUCAUGAAAAGCGCUAUAUAAGACUAAGUUAUUAUUAUUAUUAUAACCCAGAAUCAACAUUUCGACAUGUGUUUUCUGUCUUCAGGAGAAUGAGCAAAAGUUGUAAAAGCAGGCUAUAUAUACUGUUCCAAGGCGCCGCCGUAUUUCAGGGGUGUGAGUGUUCAGAUUUUUAAUUGAUUUCAGAUAUUUUUUGUUUUGAUUUUCAGCUUAUUUUUGGCUUUCCUCUGUACAAAAAGUAUGGGAGCUCUAAGCUCUUUCUAUUUCAGACUUUUUCAACAUUCUUCAGCUUUUUUUCAGAUCUUUUUAUUUGUGACCACUCACACCCCUGGUAUUUACGAUGCCUUGCAUGGUUCAUGUCUCUGAUUGGCUGAAGAAGUCACAUAAUAUCAACAUAUGUAGACAUGAGUGACAACACAUAUAAGGGGCUCACAAUACAACUAAAAACUCUAAUUGCUGAAUGGUAAUUGGCAGGAAUUUACCAUUUUCAGCUGUAUUUCGAGUCCCUGAUGCGUGUUGUCACUGACGUCCACAACUCUGCAUGGAGGAACUUUGAUGACCUAUGUCCCAGUAGGAGCAAUAAGUAUAGUGGAGGAGCCGUGGUGUAGUGGUUCUGACUCUCGCCUUGUAAACAGAGGGUCGUGUGUUCGAAUCCCACCACGGUCUGGCGUCCUUUGGCAAGGCGUUAAUCCACACUUUGCCACUCUCUACCCAGGUGCUAAAUGGGUACCCGGUAGGAUGUGAAAGUCAUUGUAACUUGUCCAGUACUGUGUGUGCCUUGCCGGCGACUGACUGGAAUACUCCCCAGGGAGUGGAGGAUGUGCACACAUUGUGUGCGGGAAUGACUGAUUGAAUCCGAUGACCGGGGUAAUAAUAUAUCUGUAGAGCGCUUAGACGUAUUAGAUGUAUUAAGCGCUAUAUAAAAGCGGAUUAUUAUUAUUAUUAUUAUAGUUCGUAACUAAGUAAGUGAGCACCACCAUACUUUGCAUUAACCCCAGACGAUAAGUAAAUCCAUCAGCAUUUAGUUGCUAGUUCACCUGUAGGGCCUUUUACAUUGAAAAGUCAUCCAGGUUCAUUGUGGUAUAUUCAUUCAGUGUAAAAAGGUUAUGAGCAGAUUUGCAAAGCUACACUGUUUUUGAUGACAGGUAUUGGCACUUAGAUUUUGAGGUGAUUGUUUAAAAAUUCAUUUUUUGUUGAGUGGAUGUGUCUUUUCUGUCAAAUGUUGGAUUGAAUAUAUAAGCAUCAUUAUUCUUCAUGUGCAUUAAUCAUGCAUAACAUUUGGUUCAUGCAUUAUAUGCUUCUGUUUUUCGGAAAGCACAUAUAAAUUGGUUAUUCGUAUUAUGUAUUCAUGCAAUAAUUUUCAUUUAAUAUGUUUGUGGUGUUCAAAAACAUUAUGCAGAAAUAAUCUAUUUUCAUAAAUAUAAUGUGUGAUGUAGAUAUUACCAAAUAUGUUUUGCUUGCUUUAGCCAAGUAUGUAGUGCAGUGUUUAGGUGUGUGGGUUAUAUAUCAUUGAAAAUGCAAUGCUUUUAAAAUUACUCUGCAUUGCGUUAUACCACCAUUCUAACACUUUUUUGAUUUUUUAGAAAGGGUUAGAUUACUUUUCUCCUGUAAAUCAUAAAAUUAUAAUCAUUAUUGCCAAAGGGGGCAUUGUCUAAUCAAAUGAAUUUCCUGUCAAUUACCUCAUAUUAUCAAUGACAAAGAUAAUUUUUGUAUUUCAAUUUGUUUAUAGAUGAAUACAUAUAGACAGCUCACUUUUAGAGUCUUGAAAAACUCACAAAUGCCAAGGGGAUAAUGGUUGUAGUUAAAGCUUGUAUGAUUUUUACCUUUUCUCUAGUCAAUGAAGAUGUGGUAGAAGCUAUCGCUCAUGGAAAUAUCUGUAUGUUUGCGAUAUUAACAUGUUAUACAUUGAAUUGUGGAAGUUUUUUGAUGAGGAGUUCAAUGUCAUUUGCUUUUUCAAGGAUCUUAUUUUUUGUAGUGAGAGCUGUUGGUAUCUUGAUUUGGGUAUCAGCAGAAUUUUUUUAAACAAAAUUUAUCAUGCUGUCAGUAUCUGUUUCCAUGGAAAUACUGAUUUUGCUUGGCUGUUAAACAACAAUCAUAGUUACUUUUAAGGUAGUGUAAGUAGUAAAUAAUUGUGAAAUAAUUUCCAACAGGUACAUUUUAAAGCACAGAAAUGUAAUCCAAGUGAAGUUGAUGAAGUCACUUUCUUUUUUAAACCUGUUACUGUGAAUUUGAAACUUUCUGAAUCUUGUUAAGUUAACAGCCAAAAAACACACAUGUUGCCUGUUUAUAUCACUGCCCUUCUAAAUCUUUCACAAAUGAGUGUUUAAUAAAUAAUCAUCAAGCUAAACACCUUUCGUAGACACAUUUAGGCAUUAAUUUGAGCAAGAUGGUGUUUUAUUAAGCUGUUCACAAGUUAUACACAACUGGUAACCCUUUCCUGCUGGAUGAGAUAACCCUAUUUUUUUUCGUAACAGAAUGGAGAGAUAAUUUUCAGUAACAUUAAAUGUCGAGUUAUUUAACAAUUUUAUUCAGGUGUUUGUUAAGAAUUGUAAUGUACAAACACCAAACUUUAGUUAAUGGGGAAAAAAAUGAUUUAGAAUCUCAAUUGACACCAAAGAACAGGAAAGUGUUUUGUCAACAUUUGUCAUCUGAUUAUCAAUUAUCAGAUCUGACACUUUCCUUGAAUUUGAUUGGCUUAGAAGCACAGUUCCUAUGGUAACUGUGGAAGUGUUAAUAAAAUAGGACUUGUCGGAUAAAACAUCUGACAAUUCCUUUCAUGAAACUUGCACAUUUCAUGCGCAAAACUUAAGAACAGCUUUAACUCCACCCAGGUAUUGUAUUAGAGCAUAUGUUGUAUGUGGCACUGUAUUCUAUUCUAAUGAUGAAAUAGUGGAUCUAUAAAUGGUAAACGUAUUGAGGUCGAAAAUGAAGAUCUUGUCUAGAUAAAGAACACGGACCUCAAUAUAGCUUAGGUCCAUGCUGUUUCAUGUAAAUACACAAGUGUAUCUGUAUGUAUUCUUUUCACCUUUUGUGAAUAUUUGCUCACUGAUUUUGUGCACAUUGAGCAUAUUUUUUCACCGUCCAUUCAUGUAUAUGCAACUUCAUGUAUUCCUUGCUAUCAUGUGUGAAAUCGUAUUCAUUUUCAGUACUCUAGUAUGUAUUGUAUAUAAUGUAAAAAUGAGGUACUAUUGCACAGGAGGGAUCAUUGGUCUAAUUUAAAAAAUCUUUUUAGUAUGAGUAGUUAAUUUAAAUGGGGGUAAUUAAAUUACAAUUUAAGUUGUAAUGUUUAUUAUUUGAAACUCAUUUGAAAAUAUAGAAAACAAGACAAAUAGAUAGUCAUAUCAAUUUCUUGGUACUUUAUUUCCAUCAUGAUCUAGUCUAUCACAUAGAAAAAGAUUACCAUUGAGUCAGUAUAUAUAGCAUGUAAAAAUACAUUCAGAAAAAACAAGAUUUAUGUCUGAUCAUGCACAUGAAUUGUAUUUUUCUAUCAUAUACAAUAAUGAAAUUGGCAAACGCGAGCUUUUUCACUUGCAAGGGAGUUUAUAUGUACAAGUUCAAAUGACGCAGAAGCAAAUGUUAUUAAAACUAGGGGGUGUGAUUAACAAAGUGUGACUUAGAGUCGUGCUUACGCAUAUUAAACAUGUAAUCUGAUUGAUGGAUCCUUGUUGGUAUGCAUCCUUUGUGCAUGAUCUGACCAAUGAAGUGAUGUGUUAUAUACCACAGGCAACUAAACUUUAUAUUUGACUCUUAAGUCACACUUAAAUAUUUGUGAAACUCCCCCUAUUUCAUGAAAUAUCACCUUAAAAUGACAUAGUCUCUUAUGCUGCAAUCACCGUCACAUGAUAAAUAGAUUUAAAAAUUCAUUUAGUAGCUGUACAAUGAAAUACUUUAAACCAUUUUGUCUUAUCCUGAUAAAUAAUUAUAUUGCGAAUUCCUAUUGUCAUGCCUUGAUGUAGAAUCACCUUGAAUUAUCAAAUAUUUAUCGAAUUAAUUGAAAUCAUGUUGUAUAAAUAAACUUUGUGACAUUAUA